CAAAAAGCAUUAGUAGCAUAGAGAAAGCAUUAGUUAGCUGACACCCGGCUCAAAGCGAUGGCGGCCGCGGCGACAAGCGUAGUUCCGGCGGGGAGGAGUGCGAGGAGAGCCGCUCUGGAAGAUGACAAAUUGGUGUUCGAGACUACCGAAGGUAUUGAACCUAUAACCAGCUUCGACGAGAUGGGCAUAAAGAACGAUCUGCUUCGCGGAAUUUAUGCCUACGGGUUUGAAAAGCCGUCGGCAAUACAGCAGAGGGCAGUUAUGCCCAUAAUCAAAGGACGGGAUGUUAUCGCUCAGGCGCAAUCCGGUACCGGCAAGACCUCCAUGAUUGCGCUCACUGUUUGCCAACUCGUUGAUACCUCUAGUAGAGAGGUCCAGGCAUUGAUAUUAUCCCCUACAAGGGAACUGGCAGCUCAGACAGAGAAAGUAAUAUUAGCAAUCGGUGAUUACAUUAAUAUACAAGCACAUGCAUGUAUUGGAGGCAAAAGUGUGGGUGAGGAUAUCAGAAAGCUGGAGUUUGGAGUUCAUGUCGUAUCUGGAACUCCGGGCAGAGUCUGUGACAUGAUAAAGAGGAGGACACUGCGUACUAGAGCCAUUAGGUUAUUAGUUCUUGAUGAGUCUGAUGAGAUGCUGAGCAGAGGAUUCAAGGAUCAAAUUUAUGAUGUAUAUAGAUAUCUUCCUCCAGAGCUUCAGGUUGUAUUGAUUUCUGCUACUCUUCCCAAUGAAAUUUUAGAGAUGACAAGCAAGUUCAUGACAGAUCCUGUUAAGAUUCUUGUGAAACGUGAUGAAUUGACUUUAGAGGGUAUCAAGCAAUUUUUUGUAGCAGUUGAACGGGAAGAGUGGAAAUUUGACACGCUUUGCGACCUUUAUGAUACUCUAACCAUCACCCAAGCUGUUAUUUUCUGCAAUACAAAGCGGAAGGUGGAUUGGCUAACUGAGAAGAUGCGGAGCAAUAACUUUACAGUCUCAUCAAUGCAUGGUGACAUGCCUCAGAAGGAGAGAGAUGCAAUUAUGUCAGAGUUCCGAUCUGGUACAACCCGUGUCCUAAUCACAACUGAUGUUUGGGCCCGGGGGCUUGAUGUUCAACAGGUUUCUUUGGUGAUCAAUUAUGACCUACCAAAUAAUCGAGAGCUUUACAUCCAUCGAAUUGGUCGUUCUGGUCGUUUUGGACGCAAGGGUGUUGCAAUAAAUUUUGUGAAAAGUGAUGAUAUCAAGAUUUUAAGAGAUAUCGAGCAGUAUUACAGUACCCAGAUCGAUGAAAUGCCAAUGAAUGUUGCUGAUCUCAUCUGAAGACUUGCUGUGUUGAUUGUAUUUCUGUGUUGAUUGUGAGUUUGUGUGGUUGACAUUAUUAGUAAUUGGCAAUACCUUAAUUGCAUUGAGUUUGUAAAAUAGUAGAUGGAUUUUCUUUUUUUCAACUGAAAUAGUAGAUGGUGGAUCAAGCGGAUUAUUGGUUGUUUGUAGAGUAUUUUAGUACCAUUAAACUAAUUAUGCUAAAGAUUUUUGGUUCUCAUA